GGCGCCGCUCGGCUCUUCACUCCCAACAAUGGCGGCUCCGAGCCCGAGCGGCGGCGGCGGCGGCUCCGGGGGCGGCAGCGGCAGCGGCACCCCCGGCCCCGUAGGGUCCCCGGCGCCAGGCCACCCGGCCGUCAGCAGCAUGCAGGGUAAACGCAAAGCACUGAAGUUGAAUUUUGCAAAUCCACCUUUCAAAUCUACAGCAAGGUUUACUCUGAAUCCCAAUCCUACAGGAGUUCAAAACCCACACAUAGAGAGACUGAGAACACACAGCAUUGAGUCAUCAGGAAAACUGAAGAUCUCCCCUGAACAACACUGGGAUUUCACUGCAGAGGACUUGAAAGACCUUGGAGAAAUUGGACGAGGAGCUUAUGGUUCUGUCAACAAAAUGGUCCACAAACCAAGUGGGCAAAUAAUGGCAGUUAAAAGAAUUCGGUCAACAGUGGAUGAAAAAGAACAAAAACAACUUCUUAUGGAUUUGGAUGUAGUAAUGCGGAGUAGUGAUUGCCCAUACAUUGUUCAGUUUUAUGGUGCACUCUUCAGAGAGGGUGACUGUUGGAUCUGUAUGGAACUCAUGUCUACCUCGUUUGAUAAGUUUUACAAAUAUGUAUAUAGUGUAUUAGAUGAUGUUAUUCCAGAAGAAAUUUUAGGCAAAAUCACUUUAGCAACUGUGAAAGCACUAAACCACUUAAAAGAAAACUUGAAAAUUAUUCACAGAGAUAUCAAACCUUCCAAUAUUCUUCUGGACAGAAGUGGAAAUAUUAAGCUCUGUGACUUCGGCAUCAGUGGACAGCUUGUGGACUCUAUUGCCAAGACAAGAGAUGCUGGCUGUAGGCCAUACAUGGCACCUGAAAGAAUAGACCCAAGCGCUUCACGACAAGGAUAUGAUGUCCGCUCUGAUGUCUGGAGUUUGGGGAUCACAUUGUAUGAGUUGGCCACAGGCCGAUUUCCUUAUCCAAAAUGGAAUAGUGUAUUUGAUCAACUAACACAAGUCGUGAAAGGAGAUCCUCCGCAGCUGAGUAAUUCUGAGGAAAGGGAAUUCUCCCCGAGUUUCAUCAACUUUGUCAACUUGUGCCUUACGAAGGAUGAAUCCAAAAGGCCAAAGUAUAAAGAGCUUCUGAAACAUCCCUUUAUUUUGAUGUAUGAAGAACGUGCCGUUGAGGUCGCAUGCUAUGUUUGUAAAAUCCUGGAUCAAAUGCCAGCUACUCCCAGCUCUCCCAUGUAUGUCGAUUGAUAUCGCUGCUACAUCAGACUCUAGAAAAAAGGGCUGAGAGGAAGCAAGACGUAAAGAAUUUUCAUCCCGUAUCACAGUGUUUUUACUGCUCGCCCAGACACCAUGUGCAAUAAGAUUGGUGUUCGUUUCCAUCAUGUCUGUAUACUCCUGUCACCUAGAACGUGCAUCCUUGUAAUACCUGAUUGAUCACACAGUGUUAGUGCUGGUCAGAGAGACCUCAUCCUGCUCUUUUGUGAUGAACAUAUUCAUGAAAUGUGGAAGUCAGUACGAUCAAGUUGUUGACUGUGAUUAGAUCACAUCUUAAAUUCAUUUCUAGACUCAAAACCUGGAGAUGCAGCUACUGGAAUGGUGUUUUGUCAGACUUCCAAAUCCUGGAAGGACACAGUGAUGAAUGUACUAUGUCUGAACAUAGAAACUCGGGCUUGAGUGAGAAGAGCUUGCACAGCCAACGAGACACAUUGCCUUCUGGAGCUGGGAGACAAAGGAGGAAUUUACUUUCUUCACCAAGUGCAAUAGAUUACUGAUGUGAUAUUCUGUUGCUUUACAGUUACAGUUGAUGUUUGGGGAUCGAUGUGCUCAGCCAAAUUUCCUGUUUGAAAUAUCAUGUUAAAUUAGAAUGAAUUUAUCUUUACCAAAAACCAUGUUGCGUUCAAAGAGGUGAACAUUAAAAUAUUGAGACAGGAUAACAAAAAAAAAAAAAA